AUGUCUUUUUUAGAUAUCCUACCCAUAUUUUACACGGCCCUCGAAUCACCCACCCCGUCCCUGAUUAACGCCGCCCUGACCAGUUUACCAGUGGUCCUGCCUGUGUUGGACUUCAGCACCAUCAAGGGAGAGCUUUUUCCAGUCAUUGCUACAAUUUUCAGUAAAACCAACAGUCUGGCCAUCAAGGUCCGUGGUUUGGAAGCCUUUGUCACACUUUGUGGAGGUGCCGGCAGCGGUGACGAUGGCUUGGACGGGCUCGCUACAGAACAGAAGAAGGCCACAUCCUCCACGGCCCUCGACAAGUUCACCAUGCAAGAAAAAAUCAUUCCUCUAAUCAAGGCCAUUAAAACCAGGGAACCAGCCGUCAUGAUGGCUGCCCUGAACGUUCUGAAGGUCGUCGGCAGGGUGGCUGAUGGGGAUUUUGUGGCACUGGAAAUGCUUCCACUGCUUUGGAGCAUGUCGUUGAACCCUCAGUUGAACCUGCGGGAAUUCCAGGCCUUCAUGGAGCUUAUCAAAUCACUAUCAAGCAGAGUGGAGGACGAACAGACAAAGAAACUACAAGAGCUCACCGGCGGCGCUGUCACAUCGCCCGGCCUCAAGGACGAUUUUCUGUCGUUUGGGGCGAUCGCGGGCUCUUCUCUCGAGGCGAACGGGACAUCGGAGACGGAUUUUGAGGCGCUGGUCAAAGGCAGGGCAAGUACGACCAACACCAACCCACUGGACAGCUGGGACACGAAGCCAUCAGCGGCGUCUUCCUCCUCCAGUGUGAGAAAUUCCACACCCACGCCCACGUUUUCUUGGUCUACACCACCGGUAUCCUCACCGGUAGCCACUUCACACCUCAAAGCCCAGACCGGAGGCUUCAGAACGGUAACCCCAGACCUAGCGGCCAUCCAGCCCAUGGCCCCAACAAUCACCCAGUUCUCACAGCCCUUGCAACCACAAUCGAACACAACAUUGUCGCAGCCGCAGCCGCAGCCGGCGUCAUUCAACUGGUCCAGUGCCAGCAGCGCAACCACGCCCAGUAAUAUCUGGGCGACCCCCUCCGCCAGUGCCCAACCCGCUUCCAAUGUAUGGGCAUCAUCUACAACCCAGCCCAGUCCGAAUGCCUGGGCCUCUCAACCAUCCACAUCGGCCUUUAGUUCUCUAAGCUUGAAUCAGCAGCAGCAACAGCGUCCGCAGCCGACAACAUCCUCUUCUUUCGCCCUGCCUCCGCCACCUGGCGCGCCUAGCGCUAGCUCGGGAAAUUCGGGCUUCAGUCUGCCCCGGCCACCAGGAACAUCCUUCACGACUUCAGGACUGGGCGGAACGAGCAAUAUGAAUAGUCUGGCAUCACUUGGGGCUGCCAACAGGACCGGCACAGGCAUGGGAAUGAGCAUGAACAGCAUGAUGGGAGGCAUGAGCCAGCAGCAGAAACCGCCUCAACAGCAGCCAAAGGGGGGUUUGGAUAAGUAUGAAAGCCUAUUGUAG